ACUGUGCGCAUGCGCGGUCGGCGGGAGCAGUGCGGUCGGGGUCGGGGUCGGGGUCGGGGUCAUCCUCCUGGACAAGGACCCUGGGUGUCGGGCUCGGUGGCGGUCAGUGCUCCGAGUAACACCGGCAGGGGCAGAGCGGGACGUGCCGGGGGAGGCUCGGCAGGUCGGGCAGCGUCUGUGGAGAGAGAAGCGGGUCACUGACCCCCCCCGCCACCGGCUCCUCCUCCAGUCCUGGCCUGGAGGUGACAGUGGGACCGAUAUUGCUCGACACGCUGAGUUCCACAACAAAUUGUUGCUCCAGAUUCCAGCAUCUGCGGUCUCUUGUGUCUACAAACAAAAGUUCAAUUGAGGGGAGGACUAGAGGUCACAGUUAUGGUUGCUGAAGUGGUGAAGCACUUUUUGCCCAGACUGGUAGAAAUGCACAACUAUAUUCCAGCAAACUCUACCCAACAAAAACUGAGUAACUGGCAGUUAUUAAACAGGCAAAUAUUUUCCAAAUUACAUUUUCACAUAUCUGAAGAAAUGCUGAAGAAGUUGGUUAAGAGUUCUCCUGGAAUUAUUGAACCAGUUUUGUAUACUCUGAGACAGAAGAUCGAGGAGGAACUCAAUGGGAUACAAGUAAGAAAUAGACAUCUUGUUCAUAAGCAGGAUGCAGAAGAUUACAGUCAUAGAAAUGAUAAAAGUUUGCCAGAUUACAUUUCUGUCAGCAUGCAUCCAUUUGCAAAGGAAUGCCAACCCAAACCAGAAAUGUGGAACAACAAUCAAAGGUCAUUUUGUGAGCAGUAUUCCCACUUGGAUCCUGCAAUCCAUCUUCUAUUGGAGGAAAAAGAACAAGCUCUGUUGGCUCUUCACGAAACCGUGGAGAUCCUGCAGAUGAAAGUGCAGAGACUUGAGCAUCUGGUUCAGCUGAAAGACCUACGAAUUGAUGACUUAACAAGGCAUUUGAAGAAACAGAAAGCAAAAGAGAUAGCAAAUUGACAAUAACUAAACCAAAUGAAAUCAUUAAAAUCUCUGUGGGGCAGAACCAUUUGAUGAACGUGUUCUCAGUUUAUUUUGAAACACCUGAUGUGAAUGUGUGUGCAUCAGUCGCUGGGAUUACAGGGGCACAUGGGCAUCCCCUGGAGACAACCCUUGCCAGUACCUUCCAUGGGUCUGGGAACCAAGGACAACUGUGUCCCAGUCCCAUUAUAAUUUUCCACUUCAGGAACCAAGAAGGGAUUGAGAUAUAAUUAGUUUGUAUUUAAUGUGGUGAAAGUAGUUGCUGCAGACAGGUUCGACUCUUUGUACAGCUUUGUGCUGCUAGUCAUGAGAUGUGUAAUUUAAUACAAUAAAAGAUGUAAUGGUGAAUAAGCCAUGUUCAGACUUUAACCCCAGAGAGUGGCUGGGUUACACAGCAAGUGCUUCCUAAACACAUUGAAUCUGUGGCUGAAUUGGAAGUGCAACAGGACUUAACUCACGCGUAUCAGGCCAUGAUAGGAUGAAAGAUUAAAAGUGACCCUGACUGCAGUGUGGGACAUAACCCAGCGCACUAGUGUGAAACCCCGGUGCUGUGGAGCUGACACUGAGAGCUCCCUGUAAUCCUGUGGUACACACCUUUCCUGUGGAUACGGCCACACUUACAGUAAAAACCUUCCAAGGGUUCACAUGAGACACGUAUUUAACUCUACAUAAACAGAUGCUGAUCGUCUAGAAAUGUGUGGAUGCAAAAUACCGUAGUCUUGCUGCUCUUCCACCAGCACCACCCCUCGUUACCAUUCAGCUGCCUCCUUUCUCUUCCAGUGGCGACCCUUCACUACUCUGAACCUUGGCUCCACAGGUGCUCCCCGACUCGCUGAGCAUUUCCAGCACUUUCCUCCUUAUUCCAGAUUCCUAACUUCUCCCACUCUCCAAAAGUAAUUGAGCCCCUAUGUAAAUGGUGAGGAGAACUGGCUCAAUGAUCCAAUGGAUCAAAUGAUCAAAUCAGAAAUAAAGAGUCAAUUGGACCCUGCACAGAGCCCCUGGUACACUCAGAGAUCAACUCUGAAGGCAACUCACAGGCCAUUGAGAGAAAUAUUUAAAACAGAAAUACUGCCUUUCACACAGAGAUUCACACUGUCCUGCCAGAGAGAAACUUCUCCCACUGGCUUCAGGGUGAUGGACACACCUCCUCCCUUCCACCCUCCAAAACCACUGCAGCAACAGCUUUACCUAACAUCACCUACAGCUACACAUCAAAGAUCCGUCAUCAAAGCUCCCCACCAUCCGGGCCAUGCCAUCUUCUCGCAGCUACCAUCGGGUAGGAGGUACAGAAGCCUGAAGUCCCACACCUCCAGGUUCAGGAACAGCUACUUCCCUUCAACCACUCAGUUCUUGAACCAACCAGUAAAACCCUGUUCACUACAGUUUAGCAACACUGUGACCACUUUGUACUAAAAUGGACUUUGUUUUUUUAAUUCUAAUUGUGUUCUUUCUUGUAAAAAUUGUGUAUAAUUUAUGGUUAAUUAAUGUUUUUCGUGUGACUGCUACUUAUCU